CCCACUUUUGCUUCACUGCUCUGUACCCUCUCCAAUUUCUCAUUCUCUUGUCUCUCUCCCACAAACAAAACAAAUAAUGCCUACACUUACUAUCUCUUCUCUUGCCUCUUACUAUCAUCUCUUCUUUACUCUUCUUGCCUUGUUCAUUUCAGGCCUUAUUUUCUUGUUUUCUUUCAGAGCCAAAUCUAAACGUUUAAACCUUCCUCCAGGGCCACCGGGUUGGCCUAUUGUUGGCAAUCUUUUCCAGGUUGCUCGCUCUGGUAAGCCUUUUUUCCAAUAUAUAGAAGAUUUAAUUCCAAAAUAUGGUCCAAUCUUUACUUUACGUAUGGGAACAAGAACGCUUAUAAUCAUUACUGAGGCCAAACUAGUCCAUGAAGCACUUAUCGAGAGGGGUUCUCUCUUCGCUACCAGGCCUCGUGAAAACCCUACGAGAACUAUCUUUAGCUGCAACAAGUUCACUGUCAAUGCUGCCCUUUAUGGCCCGGUGUGGCGGUCACUAAGGCGAAACAUGGUUCAAAAUAUGCUUAGUUCAAGCAGGAUUAAGGAGUUUCACAGUGUAAGGGAAUCGGCAAUGGAUAAACUCAUUAACCGGCUUAGAAGUGAAGCUGAGGCUAAUGAUGGAGUUGUCUGGGUUGUUCGAAAUGCAAGAUUUGCUGUUUUCUGUAUACUGUUAGCUAUGUGUUUUGGACUUGAAAUGGAAGAAGAAACAAUCAUCAAAGUGGAUCAAGUAAUGAAGUCAGUCUUGCUUGUUCUUAAUCCAAGAAUUGAUGAUUUUCUCCCAGUUUUAAAACCAUUCUUUUCCAAGCAAAGAAAGAGGGUAUUUGAAGUUAGAAAACACCAGCUUGAUUCCAUGAUUCCCUUGAUAGAAAAGCGACGAAGAGCUCUACAAAACCCAGGUUCCACUUCACAGGCCAUGUCAUUUUCAUAUCUAGAUACCCUUUUCGACCUGCAAAUCGAAGGGCGAAAAUCGUCCCCAACCGACCCAGAGCUUGUGACCCUUUGCUCAGAGUUCCUUAAUGGUGGCACCGACACGACAGCGACCGCCGUCGAGUGGGGCAUUGCACAGCUUAUUGAUAAUCCAGAUGUUCAAGAAAAGUUGUACAAUGAGAUUAUCAAGACGGUUGGAAAUAGAAAGGUGAAUGAAAAGGACGUAGAGAAAAUGGAGUAUCUACAAGCUGUAGUAAAAGAAUUACUACGUAAACAUCCACCUACAUUUUUUCUAUUAACUCAUGCAGUGAGUGAGCCAACAACAUUGGGGGGAUAUGACAUACCAACUGACACAAACAUUGAAAUUUUUUCCCAAGCAAUAGGACAGGACCCCAAAAUUUGGUCUAACCCCAAAAAGUUCGAUCCGGAUCGAUUCAUUUCGGGUAACGAGGAAGCCGAUAUAACUGGAGUAACCGGAAUAAAGAUGACACCCUUUGGUGCAGGAAGGAGGAUAUGUCCUGGUUUAGGGUUAGCAACUGUGCAUUUGCAUCUAAUGAUUGCAAGAAUGGUUCAAGAGUUUCAAUGGAGUGCCUAUAAAUCAGAUAGGAAGGUGGAUUUUACAGGGAAAUUAGAGUUUACUGUGGUGAUGAAGAAUACUCUUAGAGCUAAGAUCAAGCCUAGGGCUUAAGGGUUUGACGUGUGAAUAAAUUAUUUACCUAUGCUUCUUGUUAAAAUCCAUUAAAACUUUUGAUUUCAUUAUUAACAUAUAAAAUAUAUUAUUUUCAGGGAUUUAGAAGUCU